GUUUUAAUAACACAAAUUCUCAUCCCUUUGCAUCUGAAUGUCAGUUUCUUGAUUCACUGACCAGGGAUACACAAUGGAAAUCUACACAUCAAAUGCAUACUUUUUACUGACAAUCUUGUUUGUGUUUGCCACACCCUCUGGACAAGGUGGUAUAUCUAAAGGACUGAGUCAACUAGAGACUGACUACUGUAAUUCUCUUCCCUACAAUCCUGUAAAUCAGAUUUGCUGUAAUGAAAUCAUUCAGACUCGAAGCAGUGCUCACACAGCAUGCUGUGGUCAAGACUUGUACAUAACAACAGCUCGGGCGUGUUGUGGUGGCAACAAAACCCUUGAACUGAAGGAAGAUCUCUCUUGUUGUGGCAGUGAAUCAUUUAACAGGACGACCCACUGCUGCUGUAUUAAAAAUGACACUCUUGAAGUGAAUCUCAAAGAUGAAGAAUGCUGUCCAACACCUCCAAAAGAAGCUGAAAAAAAAUCCCCAGAGUAUAUCAGUUGCUCAGGAAUAAAUUACAAGAGGGAAUCGGGUCUUACUCAGUGCUGUGGUAAAGAUCUCUACAGUCUGUCAGAUGUCAGUGUGCUGUGCUGUAAUGGAAUCCUUCAUCUCAAUGUGCCUGAGCAGUCAGAGUGUGUCGGAGGUCUAAUAUAUACUCAAAAACAGCUCAAGAUGAGCUGUGGCUCAAAAAUAUAUGACCACCACAAACAGAGAUGCUGCUCGGGUCGUCUCUACAACGAAAGUAAAGCAGAAUGCUGUGGAAACCUGUUGCUGGAACAUAAUAGCAACAAAAUUUGCUGUUCCUCCUCAACCCAUGCCAUGCUUUACGACACCAAACCAAAUCACUUUUGCUGUGGGCAUUACUACUACAACGUGUCCCUGUGGAGCUGUUGUGCAGAACAUCUCAAACCAACACCAAGCCAUAAUAGCGUUCAUGCAGAAUACAGACUUAAACCACUAACGGAUCUGAUUCCUGACAUAUGCCAUACAACAGGUGAUGAGCCCUGUUCAGGUUUUGAUCCUGUGCAACAUGAAAUGCUAAAUACAAAUUUUUUACUUAGUCAAAUCAAAUGAAUGAUCUGUGUAUGUGUUUGAUGCUAGUGCUCUUUGGCAAAGUGGAGAGUGUGGUACUUCAGAAUAAUUGGCGUCACAUUGUGUUGAGAGUCAUUGUGAAGGUCAGCGGGAUAUCAGAAAGACCUUUACUUUACGUGACCCUGGAUCACUGCAGCUCUCCAGCGCUAGAGAAUGGCAUGACCUACCUUUGGGAGACAAACAACAACAACAACAACAACAGAGAGUACAAGCCUCUCUCCAUCCCUGUCGAUGUAACCACUGAUAUUCACAUGUUCUUUACAGCAUGUAACCUAAAUCUCAUGCAAGCCUUAAGUGUCAACACCUGUUCACACAUGCUCCAUAUUCAGGGUGGAUUUUCAUAUCAGGGAAACUUUUGAAUAGCAUCCCUUUGGUGCCAUUUAUGUUUUUACCUGUUAUACGGAUAACACUGCAUUUCCUUUAUUAAGAUUUAUUAAGAAAGUUUUUAUGAAUUAAACUAUAACAACAUAAUAUAUCUUGCAAAUGUGAUAUUUCAGUUUUUCUUUUUUAAUAAAUCUGCAAAAAUGUCAACAAUUCUAUGUUUUUCUGUCAAUAUGGGGUGCUGUGUGUACAUUAAUGAGGAAAAAAAUGAACUUAAAUGAUUUUAGCAAAUGGCUGCAAUAUAACAAAGAGUGGAAAAUUUAAGGGGGUCUGAAUACUUUCUGUACCCAAUGUAUAUUAUUUAAUAUCAUGUACUGUAUUUGAUGUUUAAUCAACCUCAGGUCUAUUCAAAUUUACAGACAUGUUUCACAGUCCAAGUGAAAAGAUGCUUUGAUGAUGUUUAAUCCAUUUUUGUUUUUUAUAAAGAAAAUAAUUGUUCAUUUAAAAGCUAAAAGUGAUUUUGUCCUAAUUCAUCAUUUAGAAGACAACUACAUUAAAUUUUAUUUAGCAUAUUAGCUCAACUAUACAUUUGUUAUACCAUUACUUGACCGAUUUAUGUUUAAUAUUGUAUCUUGUGUGAAUACAUAUGCAAAUAUACACUUCAUCUGUUAUAAUCGUGCAGCUACUAUAUACCAUAUACAAACUGUAUUUAAGCUAUAUACAAUUUCAAAAACAAAUGUAUCAUGCAGCUUUCAUAUUUGUUGUUUUGACAGUUUCAGUAUAUUUGUGAUACAGUUAGACAUGAAAUUUUGCAGCAGGUAUAUUGGCGUUUGUAAAUGUACCAAGCAAACCAUUUAUUUCAAAAUAAAUGUUUGUGAGCAUU